GUUUUUUCCUAUGUUGCUUCUUAUUUGUUCUCUGUAUGUGUGUCUCUGUCUCUGUCUUCCUCUUUCUUGGUAGAGCAUCAAGUGCAUCCUGGGGAAAACAAUAAUUAUUGGGAUGUUUCCGCAAUCAUCUUUUCUUUAUUAUAUUAUCAUCUGUUAUGUACAUCCUAUCUUCCCUAAGACACUGACUUCACUUUCCGAGAACAUGUAAUCAUCACUUUGUUUGUGGCAUUGUUGUUAAGAAUAUAUUUAUGUUGGAUAUUUUUUUUACUAAUUGGCAAACGAUAACAAUUAUGAUUUUGUUUCUACUCCACACUCUUUCCAUGUUUUAUUAGGGACAUCAUGUAUUUGUAGCAACUGGAUGUUCACACAUAUCAACAUACGAAUACCUAUAUUACAUUGAGACUGACAUGACAAUGGCUAUGAUCAUUUUCAUAGUAUCCUUAUUCCAUAGUACUUACAAUCAUAUGUUUCCCAUCGAAAGAAAAUUGUGUUUUGAUGUGCCCAUCCCAACACAACAAUAUGAACCUACUUCUCCUUUUCCAAUUAGUAGGACAUCGAACUUGGUAUCAUUUAUUUAGAUUAAUUGACACCGAGAAAAAAUCAACCUAAUUUCUUGGCUGACUGCUACCAUAAACUGAUUCCUAGUUUGUAUAAAAAAUAACCCAGAUUUUAGCAGUUUUCCCAGCAUAACAAUCUGUCCACAUUUACACCGUUAUUUGAGUAUUUAUGACAUAUCUCAUAUUGACUAACGCUUGAUUUUUAACACCACUCAGCGAUUUUGGUUGAGUUGUUGGAAAGCUUAGUGAUAAUUAACAUACAUUUUCCACCCUAGGCAAAUCUACCAUGAAAUCUACAACAAUGUUACACCCAUCAAAAAUAGUGGAAAUGAAUCCUAUUCCAUAUUCCAUGAAUAUUAUAGGAAAAUACGACUCUUCAAAGGGAUUCAUGCACUACCUUAAUUUAAAUAUCACAUGGCCUGAGGAUGACCCCUUUAUGACAUUUCUCACGAUUCCCUCUUCUCCUCUUUCCAACAUCAUUAUAUUCAUACAUAUUCCCUAUUUACUUUUGUUGUCUUUUUGUUUGUAACAAGCUUCUAUUUAAUUAAGGAGAUGGAAGAGGACAUGUUCUGUUACAUUCAUGAAGGCGGUCAGCUAAUUAAAUGUGUUGGAGGGUUUGUAGAAUAUCAGGGAGGUCGUACUGAAUCCAUGGUUGUUAGCCGACAUAUGUCACAAAGUGAUUUUGUUUCAAAAUUGUGUGAUGCACUGCACUUCGAUCGGAAUUCUAUCAAAUUGGAAUUCACGGUGAAGUUUGACCCAUCAUGUCUACUACCUUUGCAUGAUGACGCAGCCCUACUUAAGAUGUUUCGAUUCAAUGAAAUGUUUUGUCGCGUCUAUGUCUCGUCAUCAAGUGAAGUUGUUGAAGGUUGUAUAGCACCGAAUAGUGCCCCUACUCCUAUUGUUGGUUCGAAUUCGGCACACCUACUUUCCUCCGGUGGUGAUCCGCCAAUUGAUAUCUGUAAUGACUCUCUUACAAUUGAGUCAUAUGGGUUUUCCCAAAGGUGUGCAGAAUCAAAUAUACUCGAGCGUGACUCGAGGCUUUUUGAAAAUUCCAUUAUGGGUAGUGGACAUACCUUCCCCAAUGCUUUUGAGUUCUGUGAUGUCGUUUAUUUGAUGUCAAUUGCUAGUAGAUUUCGUUAUUGCUUCAAGAGGAAUAGUCCAAAACACAUGACAGUUGUUUGCUCUGUUAAUGAAUGUCCUUGGAAAGUCACAGCUCGCGCUAUUGGGGAAUCGAACAUCGUUCAGGUUCACACUUUUCAAAACCGCCAUAAUCAUAGUUUGGAAAAUGUUGCCGCAUCCCAACCUUUAGUGAGAUCCAACCGUGCUUCUAUGCUUAUCGAUGAUGUCAUCCGGUCCACUCCCGAUUACCAACCCCGUCAAAUUUGUAAGGACUUUCAAAGGCAACAUGGCAUGCAAUUGACGUAUCUUCAAGCAUGGAAUAUCAAGGAGAAGGCAAAUGAGCGCAUUUAUGGAGAGCCCAAAUAUUAUUACAAAUUGUUGCCUUGGAUGUGUGAGAGAAUGGUUGCAACAAAUCCGGGAAGCAUUAUUGAGGUGAGACAUUCAAGUGAUGGGCACUUUGAGCAACUAUUUGUUGCUCAUUCGGUUUCUAUCCAAGGGUUUGCAUUGGGGUGUCAGCCAAUCAUUGCUAUUGACUCUGCCCAUAUGAGUGGGCCAUAUAGGGGUGCGUUAUUUUCGGCCACCACAUAUGAUGCUAAUGACUCCAUGUUCCCCUUAGCCUUUGGCGUGAUGAGCUCAGAAAAUUAUGACGAUUGGUCUUGGUUUUUGCAAAAUUUGGAGAAGGUUGUUGGAGAUAAGGAAGUCGUUAUUAUCUCGGAUAGACAUCCUGCUCUCCUUCGUAGUGUUCCUGAAGUGUUUGGGCUUGAAAACCACGCCUACUAUUACCGUCACUUGAAAGAAAAUUUCAAUGCAAGAGUUGAUUUACUCGGGCUCCUUCUCCGGUAUAGAGACCCAUGACAUGCCAAGCGUCGAUAAUGAUGGUUUGGUUCGAUUUAUGACCGGUGAAGUUUUCCUUUCUCUUGACCCCCCCCACCCCCCCCCAAUACCAAGCAGCCUCCCGGAAAACCAAGGAAGAAGCGCAUUGAGUCCCAAUUUCAAGAUAAACGGACUGUCUAUUGCUCAAGAUGUCAUACUUCCGGGCACAACAGGAAAACGUGCAAGAAUCCUUUAUCUUAAGUGCAAUGUUGUCACAUUCUUCCUUAUUGAAACUAUGUUCCAUUGUAUAUCCAUUACAUGUUUUGAAUACUCUUUCUAAAGGUUGUUGCCAACCAAGUUCACAUUUGUAACACUGAUCAUUACUGUGUUGUAAUGGGUAAUAUUACAUGGAAAUUGUUUUCAUCA